AUGGAAAUUCAAAGCAUUCACGUCGAAAGGUCAAUGACGGAAAAUAUGCAGCAGCCUGAGGCGGAGCGCCCAGUUCGGCCAGUUCUUCUAGGAAUUGCUAUUGCCUCUGGAUCGAGUCAAACGAGUGGUGCGACACCCGCGGGGCUUGCGACUCCUGAGCCGCCCCAUCCCAGUCUGCAGGGCUGGGGUGAAGUGACUGCUGGGUAUUUUGAUCUAUUCACACAAAGCGAAGGCGAACAGCCGGUGCUUGCAGAUAGAAAGGCAGGCAUGGUCGUCGAGCAGGGAGAGAGGCUGGGUGCAAGGACCGUUGAGCGGCCAUGA